CACACAGCUCAAACUCCCAUCAACCCUUGCGAACGUAUUUACAGUACAGUAGGAACCAUGCUUUCGGCUGAAUGCUAGCCGGCUACCGGACAGUGUAGAGUUAUUAUAAAUGUAGAAAAAUCCCCAGCGCCUGAUGCUUCCUGUGAGAAGGCCGCUGCUAAACGUAGGUCACGAGGCUGACUACACCUCUGGAUUCGCUGACAGAGGAGUGUCACUUCCUUUCUGUUCGGGGACAGGUCUGCUCUGGAGGAUGUGCUGAGCUCGACCCGCUGGGAGCUCCUAGCCAGUAGCAGCGAUGAGGACCGGACUGAGGACCGGACUAGGGACCGGACUGAGGACCCAGGGCCCGGACAGAGCUGCAGCCCCCUGCCUCCUGACGCUGUGUCUCGGCUGCUUACAUGUAGUCGCCCUCAAACCACAACUCCUCACCAGGCUGGGGGGCUCGUCCCACUCCACUGACACCCCCAUCAGCUACGACACAUUCUAUUUUGACCAGAGGAUUGAUCAUUUUGGUUUCCUAGAGGACGGCACCUUCAAACAGAGAUACCUGGUGGCUGACGAGCACUGGCAGCGGCCUGGAGGACCUAUUUUGUUCUACACCGGCAAUGAAGGCGACAUCACCUGGUUCUGCAACAAUACGGGCUUCAUGUGGGAUGUUGCGGAGGAGUUAGGCGCCAUGCUGGUUUUUGCAGAACAUCGUUACUAUGGAGAGUCCCUGCCAUUUGGACAAGACUCUUACAGUGACAGCAAACACCUGAACUACCUGAGCUCCGAGCAGGCCCUGGCCGAUUUUGCAGUGCUGAUUAAGCACCUGAAGAGUUCUUCACCCGGAGCUGAGCAGAGCCCUGUCAUCGCUGUCGGGGGUUCCUAUGGGGGGAUGCUCGCCGCCUGGUUCAGGAUGAAGUACCCCAAUAUAGUUGUUGGAGCUCUGGCAGCCUCCGCACCAAUAUGGCAGUUCCCUGGCAUGGUGCCAUGCGGAGACUUCUACAGAAUAGUCACGCAGGACUUUGCCAAGAGUGGGAACGCCUGUGAUGCAAACAUCAGAAAGUCAUGGAAGGCUAUUAACAACGUCUCUUCCACUGCGUCUGGUCUUCAGUGGCUGUCAGAAGAAUUCAGUUUAUGCGCUCCUCUCAAAAGCAGCAUCGAUGCUGUCGGCUUCAAGAGCUGGCUGCAGGAGACCUGGGUGAACCUGGCCAUGGUGGACUACCCCUACCCAGCCAACUUUCUGCAGCCCCUUCCUCGCUGGCCCAUCCAGGUGGUGUGUAAGUUUCUUGCUUUGGAUCCCAGCGUGUCGGACUAUGAGCUGCUGCACGGUGUCGCCCAAGCAGCAAAGGUCUACUACAACUACACCGGCAGCUCCCCCUGCCUCAACACAUCCCAGACAGCCACGGGCAGCCUGGGUUUACUGGGCUGGUUUUACCAGGCCUGCACGGAGAUGGUGAUGCCCAUGUGCGCUGAUGGCGUCCACGACAUGUUUGAGCCCCAGGACUGGAACCUGCAGGCCUUUUCUGACGAGUGUAACGCCAUGUUUGGUGUCAGGCCACGAGCUGACUGGGCAGGCACCGUCUACGGGGGGAAGGACAUCGCCUCUCACAGCAACAUCAUCUUCAGUAACGGAGGACUCGACCCGUGGUCGGCUGGCGGAGUGACUUCCAACAUAACAGAUUCUCUGGUUUCCAUCCUGAUUCCUGACGGAGCCCAUCACCUGGACCUCCGCUACCGCAAUGACCAGGACCCCCCAUCAGUCCGCGCUGCCCGGGCCUUAGAGGUGAUGUAUUUCCGAGAGUGGAUCAGGCAGGCUAAAAAAACACAGCCCCGUUGUCCCUAGAAGCAGCACCUGUUUUACCUGACCAGGGUGUCCAGGGUGUCCAGGGUGUCCUAGCUUUAAUGUGCGUGACACGGUGUGUCACAGGGUGCUCUCUGCAUCGUAAUGCCAAAGUUUGUGCCUUUUUAAUUAAUGUUUGGGAUGUUUUUUUUUUUUUUAUAUUGAAUAAUGAAAUCUUUAUGUUAAAAGGUCAACAGCUUUCUUGAUUUUUAUUAAUGAUGUCAUUAAUCAUGUGUGAGUGUUUAAAAUAUUAAUCAUGUAGCCAUGUUCAGCGCUGGAGUAUCAGACUUUGAUUUUCUUUGACGCCAAACUACACGUUUCCAAAGAGUUUGGAGAGGGACUGGAUUAUGAGAAACAAAAUGAGAACUGCUUGUGUGUUAAUGUCUUUCUUUGUUAAAGCUCUAGUGCGUAACUUUUUAAUAUUAAUGAACAUCCAUUACAUUCAAGCCAUUGCCAAAUGAGUUACUACACGGCUAAUUAAGACCAUCAGCUCCACACAACUCUCUCUGGAUGUCUCCGUAUGGCUGUGUUCAGAAGAUGGUGGCGUCCAGCGAGUGGCGAUAAUGACCUCUUCUGAUGUUUUUUUUAAUCCUCUGUGUCCUCCUUGGCUACUAUCAACUGCGUGGAGGAUGGGGGGUGCGCGAUCACGGAAGGCUUGUAUCAUGUGGACAGCGUUGAUGUCAUUAAUUGGUAUUCCUCGUGGGGGCGACAGAAACUACACACUAUAGCUUUAAUUCAUGUAAUCACAAUAUCACAAUGAAAACACUGGAUUAUCCUCAUUUAGUUUUUCUUCCAUGUACAGUUUGCUGAAAAAAUUAAUAAAAACACAAUGGGCUCUCUGCCUCAGGGAUCAAUCAGGGAUACUUUCACUUAUUCACAUCUAAUUUCAUUUAGUCUUUCAGCUACCUUAGUACAAACUGACACCCCUCCCCUUUCUAUUGAUUUAAUGUUGAUCAGCCAUUGUUGUCCCUCAAGGUAUAUUUGCUCUUUCAAAAUAAUUGUAUAAUGGAAUAUGCUCAAGAAGUUUUUGGCACCAAAUAGUAAGAAAAUGAAGUUUAUUUUCAAUAUCCUGUGCACAAUUUUGUAUUAAACUUGAGCUCUUUCACAGAA